AUGGUCGGCAAAGUCAGCGAGCGCGUUCUCCUUCGGGAAGGACUCGAGCGCACCGACAAUGGCAUGAAGCCGACGAGCUGGCCCGAGGUCACGCCCAUCAACCAGAAGAACUACUACACAGAAUACAUGAAGCGCGACGACCAGGUGCUCGCGCUGCGUGUCCUUAACGAGGCGAGCCGUGACCGGCUGGUGCAGAGUGCCAAGGAUCGCGACCGGGCGCUGAACCAGAACACGGCCGCCAUCACCGAACAGCAACAGCAGGGCGGUGACUUGCCAGUCAACAUGCCCACCGACGGCAACGACAUCUCCAAAGUCAUUGUCAUCCACCCGGGCAGCCAGUUUUUGCGCAUCGGCUUCUCGACCGACGUCCUGCCCAAGACGGUGCCCAUGUGCCUCGCGACCAAGUACCAGCGCACCGAGUCCGAAGAAUACGAGGCGCGGCCCCGGCGGCAGUUUGAGGCGCAGAAGAUCGACCAGCAGUACGGCGAGGACUGGUCCAAGAAGUACAAGAAGAUGAGCGAGGACCUCAAGGCCGACAUGCGCCUCAACAAGCGCAAGGUGCUGCCCAACUCCAAGGAGCUGGUGGUCAACUACAACCGGCGGACGGAACCCGAAGUCAUCCCGACACACAACGACCCGCUGCAGGUAGACUGGACCGACGUCAACACGCCUGUGCCGGUGCCGGACGACGAGGUCGCCGUGGACAUUGACGAGGAGGUCGUGGCGCCCGAGGACGAGCCGCCCGUGACGGUGGAGGGUACUGUGCAUGCAGGUACUGACGGCGGCAAGGCGGCUGACGCCGACACCAAUGGCGACGUCGAUAUGGCUGAUGUGGACGCAGCGGAGCCGCAGGCGGACGGAGAGACCGAGGCCCCAGCCGAGGCUGGUGGUGAGGAUGCGGGCGGCGAGACAAAGGAUGCGAUUGUGGCCAAGACCGAGAAGCCCGACGAGCCAAUGGUCGAAAACGGCGACGCAUCCGAGACGUCGAACGGCGCGCCCUAUGGAAACGACAAACUACGGGAAGAGGAGGCACAGGGGCAUGGUCAACAGACGAAGCCGGAAGGGGCCAAGUUGCCCACUCCCGCCCCCACAGUCAAGCGCUCGAUCGUACCCAAGACCCGGCGAAAGCCCAUGCCGCCGACGGUGUUCUACGGCGCCGAGGCACAGCGCAUCCCCGACGACUCGAAUCCCCGAUUUCGGCUGCGGUGGCCGAUGCAGCACGGCUGGCUCAACGAGGACGACUACGACAGUGUCAGCAGCCUGUACAGCGACUUUGAAGCGAUCCUGACACACGCCAUCCAGACCGAGCUGGGCCUGAAGAAGGUGUCGUCGUGCCGGCAGUACAGCUGCGUGUUUGUGAUUCCGGAUCUGUACGACAAGGCAUACGUCGAGACGGUCCUGCGCAUGUGCAUGAACUGGUUUGAGUUCAACAAGGUCUGCUUCAUCCAGGAGAGCUACUCCGCCACCUGCGGCGCCGGCUACAGCCAGGCCUGUGUGGUCGAUGUGGGUGCGCAGAAGACGUCCGUCGCCUGCGUGGAGGACGGCCUGGUCGUCGAGGACUCGCGCAUCAACCUCAAGUACGGCGGCUUCGACGUCACCGAGACGUUUAUCAAGAUGCUGCUGUACGACCACUUCCCCUACCAGGAAAUCAACCUGCAGCGCCGCUACGACUUUCUGCUGGCCGAGGAGCUCAAGCAGAAGCACAGCACGAUGAACCAGGCCGACAUUUCCGUGCAGCUGUACCAGUUCCACCUGCGCGUGCACAACGAGCCGACGCACAAGUACCAGUUCAAGACGUACGACGAGGUCAUUUUGGCGCCCAUGGGCUUUUACGAGCCGACGCUGUUUGACGGCACGACCAAGCUGCGUGGCCGGCGGAAGCUGAUUGACCGCACAUACAAUGCCUACGACGUCGAUGUACCCGACGACCCCGUCUCGGCGGCCCAGGUCGCCGUUCUGGCACUGGAUCACCCGUCUGUGCUGCCGCCGACGGUGGGCGCGCCCGCUGCCGGUGGCGGCGGUGGUGGUGCAGCCGGUGCCGACGUCUCCACGCCGGGCAAGGACAAGUCGCAGCCGUUCAACUUCUUCCCGCGCGGCAUCGAGGGCGCGACGCCGUCUACGUCCAAGGCCGCAUCGCCGGCACCCGAGGGCGGCGCCAGCACGCCCGUGCCGGCCCCCUUUGUCUUUGGCGCUGGCCGCGACACGGUCAACGGCGCCGCCAGCCCGGCGCCCAGCGGCCGCAACGGCGGUACGCCUGCGCCGAACGGGCUGGGCGGCGCAGCCAGUGCGAGUGCCAACGCGGCCGCCGGCAGCCAAAGCCAGCCUGGCGGCGGCGGCGGCCUGUUGCAGCUCGACCCGCUGUUCCACCGCACGGCCAAGGACAUUGCCGUGGAGCGCGACGCGGUGCUGCCGGUGGCGCCGCUGGACAUUGCCAUUAUGACGUCGAUCCAGAACGCGGCCAAAGGCGACGAGCGCAAGCUCAAGGACUUUUUGGGGUCGGUCAUGGUGGUCGGCGGCGGCGCCAAGAUCCCGCACUUUACGACGUACCUGGAGGAGCGGCUGCGGGCGCGGCGGCUCGACCUGGUGGACCGGAUCCUGGUGUCGCGCAGCGCCCGCGACAUGGACGAGCAGGUGGUGGUGUGGAAGGGCGCGAGCGUGUUUGCCAAGCUGGCGACCAACGACAGCUGGAUUACGCCGCACGAGUAUGCGUACCUGGGCCCGCGGAUCCUGCACCACAAGGUGCUGUGGCAGUGGUAG